GCAACACAAGGUCGCCACAUCUCCGCCGUAAAGCGUCCGCAAGUGUCGCGAGGCGGUGAGAAUAAUAACAAGAGGAGCGCAGUGGGGAAGGCGAGCUGGGCGGCAGUGGUAGCGGUAGCGGCGCAGCACAGCCGAGGAGACGGAGCGUCACGGGACGGGGACACGACAGGACAAGCGGCGGCACUGCGCCCCGGACAGCGGCCACCUCAGGGAAUGUGACUGCUGGACUGGUCCCGCCACCCCUACUGCUGAGACCCUUCACUGCCGGCCAGUGAGUCCAAACGGGCACUGCGGGUGCAGAGUGGAAGACGCGAGACCUGCCAUGAAUGUUGCCGCACCCUGAGACGAAUGCUUGAUUUGCCUGCUGGGUAAAAAUGGCAUCGACGGAGAGGCUGUACGAGCUGUGGAUGCUCUACUGCAGUAAGAAGGAUGUCGGGUAUCUGAAGCUCUGGCUGGAGAUCUACGUCGGCGCCUACGAGAAGUGCCUGGAUGUGGACUUCGAGAAGCCACCCACGAGGCUCGACGAAGUUCCCCCAGUGAUGUCUUUACUACCAGACAACAUGUUGCAGGUUUUGAGACACCAACUCCUUCAAUGUGUCCAGAAGUUGUCCGAUGGCCUGGAGGAAGAGCAGCAGACCUUGGCUUUGCUCCUCGUCAAGUUCCUCAUCAUCGUCUGCAGAAACCUGUCGAACGUAGAGGAGAUUGGGACGUGCUCAUUCAUCAACCAUGUGAUCACUAUGACAACGCUGUAUAUCCAGCAGCUAAAGAGCAGGACUAAGGAAAAGGAGCUGGCCGACCAGACUGUCGCUGAGGAGUUUGUCCGUCACACGCUGACCUUCUGUGAAAGUCUCUAUGACCCAUACCGUAACUGGAGACGCCGCGCUGCUGGUGAGGUGCUCAGUCCAACAGAGAAAAGUCGUCAGAAACACAAGGCUGCUCCCCUGACGCUGGAGUUUGUCCCCUUCUUCUAUCAAUGCUUCCAGGAGAGUGAGCACCUGAAGGAGAGUCUCAAGUGUUGUCUGCUGCAUCUGUUUGGGGCCAUCGUGGCGGGCAGUCAGCGCAACGCUCUGCAAGCGAUUUCGCCGGCCACUAUGGAUGUCCUGAUGAGGCUUCUGGCAGAUUGCGACUCCCAGGAGGAUCGGGACCCCGACGACAUCAGCCGGAAAGCGGAGCUGACCCUGCUGUGCCUGACGGAGGUGGUGCAGGUGCUCCUGUCCAGCAGCUCUGACCAGCGGCAGGUGGAGAUCAGCACGAUCAUGGAGAACUACUUCAAGCUGUUAAACUCGGAUGCCUCCAUGCUGCCGGCCAAGGCCAAGUCCAGGCAGUGGGAGAACCACUUCAUCGCACUGCAGAUUCGGAUGCUGAACUCCAUCACGGACAUGUUCAACUGCUCCGACCGGCCGGUCCUCCAAGCCGUCUACCUCAACAGCAACUGUUUUGAGCAUCUCAUCCGUCUGCUGCAGAACAGCAAGCUGCUUGUAAAUGCUCGAUGUAACUCGGCCGACAAGACUGAGAAAGAUCUUGCCAACCAAUUACUGACAGAGGCCCAGGUACUUCAUGGACGGCUGGAUUGUCUGGCAAUCUCGGCAAUCAAGACCCUUACCACGGUGAUGCUGAAGUCCCCAGCUGCUAAGGAAGUCUUUAAAGAGAGAAUUGGCUACACACACUUGCAUGAAGUGUUGAAAUCUCUGGGUCAGCCAUCACGGGAGCUGCUGCAGGAGCUGAUGAACAUGGCUGUUGAAGGUGACCACACCUCUGUUGGCCUCCUGGGAAUCAGCAAUGUUCAGCCUCUGCUGCUGCUCAUACGCUGGCUGCCGGACCUCGUCUCACAUGACCUUCAGAUUUUCAUUUCUGACUGGCUAAAAAGAAUCUGCAGCAUCAACCGCCAGAGUCGCACCAUCUGCGUCAAUGCCUCUAUGGUCAUCUGCCUCCUGGACACCUUGGCCUACCACAGCUGCCUUCAUCGCACGUGUGCCGAGAACCUGAUCAGUCUCCUCGGUUCUUUGGGCAGCCAGUCACUGAGCUCUGUAGAGCUGCGCCAGCUUCUGAGGCUCUUGCGGACAGAAGAAGCCAAGCAGACCCACCCUUAUGUCGUGCCGAUGAUGAGGGCGAUCCUGGGCAUGGCACGCAAGCAAGAGUUUGAGAAUGCACUGCAGUAUUUCGACUUGUCCCCCAGCAUGGCGGGGAUCUCUCUGCCCAGCAUCCAGCGUUGGCCCGGCUAUGCCUUCAGCUUCUAUGCCUGGCUUUGUCUGGAUCAGGAGCAGCAGGUCCCCGGGCUUUUCAGCAAAGGAGGGAAGAGGAAGCAGUUGUACAGUUUUUUUACAGCCAGCGGGACAGGGUUUGAAGCCUUCUUCACCUCUUCGGGGACCUUAGUUGUCGCAGUGUGCACCAAGAAGGAAUACGCGACCGUCAUGCUGCCAGAUCACUGCUUCUGUGACUCCUUGUGGCACUGCAUAGCCGUGGUUCACAUCCCGGGCAAGAGACCGUUUGGUCAGAGUUUGGUUUCCAUUUAUGUCAAUGGGCAGCAGAAGCUGACGACUCCACUCAAGUUUCCACUGAUGAAUGAGCCCUUUACCUCCUGUUGCAUUGGAUCUGCUGGCCAAAGGACCACCACACCGACCCCAACGCAGAUUCCUGACCCUCCAUUCUCUACGCCCACCACUCCUGGACGCACAUCUCUUGGGGGGAUCUUGUCUCCUCCCAUUUGGGGUGGAAGUAUGGGAAAACCGGAGUCCGUGACCAGGCUGAUCUCCGCUGGGACACAGGACAGUGAGUGGGGCUCCCCAACAUCCCUAGAAGGCCAGCUGGGCUGUGUGCUCGUCUUCCAUGAAGCUCUGCAACCCACCCAAGUCAAGGCACAAUAUUGCACAGGGCCCAACUGUGUUUCUCCAUUAAAAAGUCAAGAUUCGGACGUCGGUGACCUGCAUUCUAAGCUCCUUCUGUUUUAUGUCCCAAAGGCCUGCAGAAACCCCAUCUGUCUGGACUUGUCGUCAAACCUCCUUCAUGGCAGACUGACGGGCAAAAAGGUGGUGAACUGGGAUAUUAAGGACAUGAUCAACACCAUUGGUGGAGUCAACGCCCUCUUCCCUCUGCUGGAGCAAAUCAGUCACCUGAGCAAGAUGGAGAAAAUCGACAGGGACCCCACCGGUGACUACAUCACCACUGAUCUGUCAACGCCAAUGGAAGGAGACUGGGUGGUGCUGCCCUCAACCAGGGCCUCAGAGGCUCGGCUGGAGAAAAACAUCGUAGCCACGUUUCUACUGCUGAUGAAGCACUUCAUCCGGAGACACCCCAUCAACCAGGAAAGCCUGAUCCACUCUCACGGGGUGGCCACUCUGGGGGCACUCCUGCAGAAGAUGCCCAGCCGUCUGAUGGAUGUGAAUGUGCUCGUCGGGGUCCAGCUGCUCAUCGAGCAGGUCAGCUCGGAGAAGAACAUGCAGCUCCUUCAGCAGAUGCACCAGCACCUCCUCUUUGACUUUCGCCUGUGGAAUCAAGGAGACUUUCCUUUUAGAAUUGGACACAUUCAGUACUUGUCCACCAUAAUCAAAGAUGGCCGGAAGCAGUUCAAAAGGAAAUACGGAGUGCAGUUUCUGCUGGACACCAUCCGCUUGUACUACGGGGCGCAUGCAGAGGACAGUGAGCUGAGCGCAGACGAUAUCAGAACGAUCCGUGCGUCCCUCUUUGGGCUGCUCAAGUACUUCCUGAGCAAAGGCGUUAUGGUGGAGGAUGUGCAGAGCAUUCUGGGAUACAUUGCUGCCAUUGGAGAGGAGGAGCAGCUCUGCGGGAUUUUAGAAAUCUUACUGAGCCUGCUGCAGACCAGCGCGGCCCGGGACCAACUCUUCCUGCUGCUCUUUGAAGUCGGCAAUGCAGAAAUCUUUUACACGCUGCUGCUCAACCACAAGUACUCGGACAAAGUCAGAGAACUGGUCUUUAAGGUUUUUGAGAGGAUGCUGAAAUGCGACAAGGUGUACGAGAAGAGCAAGCAGCGGAUCAGACUGCGCGAGGUGGGCUAUUCGGGCCUCAUGCUGCUCUUUAACGACCUGCCCAUUACACACGUGCUUAUUAAGAGCCUGUUGAAUCAGGUGCUCAGCAUAGAUCAAGUGGUCAGCUACAAGGACCUGAUGGCGGUGGUGGAGCUGUCUCAUAAAGCGGGCUUGAGCGUGCGGCUGCUGAUCUGCAGAAAGCUUCACCACCUGUUACAGAUGCACCAGGACGCCUCCCAGCAAAUUUCACGACAGCCCGGAUGGCAGGAGACGCUGGUCAAGCUCUUUCUCAGGGAAAAUGCAGAACUGCGAGACGGGAGCAGCAGGACGGACUCCUCCAGCUCCAGCAGUUUGGAUCUGCUCAAGAGCCGGAACAGCUUGGCCGAAUCCCACCAGGGUCCAGAGAAGAAAAGCCCUGGGGACCUUCAGAUCUUGGAGGUAUUGGACGGCAGAGAAGAGAUGGACAUAUCGAUGGACUCCCUCAUCAUCACUGACAGACCGAUGGGUAACGGGAGCGCGACGCCCUCAGAGUUACAGAGCAGGAGCUGGCCUGGCAAGCCGGGAGACUUGACGCUGGACCUGUCCAGGAUCGGCUCCUCCGAGCAGGAGCACAGUGGAAGCCAAACCCCUGGAAGCCUGCCAAGCACGCCUUCGCCCCUGGAGACCAGCAAGCCUUUUCCCAGCAUCCAAUACGACCGGGAGACAUCACUGAUGACGGAGGACAACUUCAGCUUCACUGAAGACUUUCUCUUUGACAGCUUUAUUGGCGGGGAGAGGAGCGAGGAGGAGCUGACCCGAAUGUUGACGGAGAUUUUGCUGUGCGUCAUGUGGAGAGGUGUGGACGGCUCUGACGACACGGCUUGGCAGGAGCGCGGGCAGGUCUUCUCUGCUCUUACUAAACUGGGAACGGCCAACGAACUGCUGCUGCCCGCAGAUGAGAUUAAAUUGAGUCUCCUGGAGAAGAUGCUGGAGUGGGCGGUGACGGACAACAGGGAGGCGUCGGCAGCCACCUUGCCAGUCCACACGGAAAAUGCUGUCCGGCUGCUCCACAUAGUCCAGGACUUCCUUCAGGCAGAGGGGCUGGUCAACCCCAGCAUGUGGACAGAGAAGGUCCUUGAGGAGGCUGUGACCUUGAUGGACGGCCUCAUGGUGUGGUACACAUCUGGCACCCAGUGGAUGCAGCUCUCUCAGAUUGGCGUGAGGCUCCUGCUGGGCUUCAUGGCGCAGGAUAACAUACAGCUGUGUGCCAUGGCCACUGCCAAGCUGAACACCAUCCUUCAGACCAAGUCUAUCGAGAGCCAGGAGGAGGCCUGCUAUCUUCUGGGCAAACUGGAGGCCAUCCUGAUCAAGUCCAUCCGGGACCGCACUGAGACGUACUCCUUCCUGAUCCCGCUCAUCCGCACUCUGCUGUCCAAGAUCUACGAGCUCCUCUACAUGCAGCUGCACCUGCCCGCGCUGCCCAACACCAACGGCAGCCCCUCGUUCUUUGAGGACUUCCGGGAGUACUGCGGCUCCGAAGAGUGGCGCAUCUAUCUGGACAAAUAUAUCAUCCCCUACAUGAAGCAGUACGAAAUUGAAAUGUUCAGCAGGAGCCACGAGGCCAUGGCCAUCUUCUGGAAGGACUCCUAUGAGGCCUUCAUGGUCAACCUACACAGGAGGGAGAGGGAGAAGGGCGAGAGCAAACUGAAAUUUCAGGAGUUCUUUGUGGAGCCUUUCACACGCAGAGCAAGACAAGAAAAUCUGCGCUACAACAGUAUGCUGAAGCAGAUGACAUUACAGCACAGCGCUACCCUGAGGCAGUGGAAGGCAGCCUACCGGGAGCUGGUGUGUGCCAGGGGACCCUGGGCAGACAGGUGUCCCACCUCUCUGCACUGGAAGUUGUCCAGUGCUGAAAACUACUCGCGCAUGAGGCUCAAACUGGUGCCAAACUACAGCUUUGACCCCCACAUGGAUGCCAGUGCCCUGAGAGAUAAUCUGGGAGUCCAACACAGCCAGCCAUCGAACGAGUCCCUGCUGCUGGAGGCGGCGAAACAAGUGAAGGUCAGCGGCCUUGAGGACGACAUGCUGGAUCUGCCCGAGGAGGAGCUCGCCCCCGGCUCCACGAAUGAAAAUGGUGACCAGAAUCAGAAGGAGAAGCUUGUGAUCACAGAGGAGUGUGAACUCAUCACCGUGAUGGACAUCAUUCCUGGCCGGCUGGAAGUGACCACGCAGCACAUUUACUUUUUUGACGGCAGCAUUGAGAAGGAGGAAGGGGUGGGCUACGAUUUCAAGUGGCCGCUGUCGCAGAUCAGGGAGAUGCACUUGCGGCGCUACAACCUCCGGCGGUCCGCUCUGGAGAUCUUCUUAAUCGACCAGACAAACUACUUCCUGAACUUCAAGAAAGAGCAAAGGAACAAGGUGUACAGCCGGAUUCUGUCUCUGCACACCCCAAACCUCCCCGGGACCCGCUCCCCUCAGGAACUGCUGAAAGCGUCUGGUUUGACUCAGAAAUGGGUGAACCGGGAGAUCUCCAACUUCGACUAUUUAAUUCAGCUGAACACGAUAGCGGGGAGGACGUACAACGACCUUGCACAGUACCCAGUGUUCCCCUGGAUUCUUGCCGACUACACCUCUGAGGAGCUCAAUCUGAACAACCCCGCCGUCUUCCGAGAUCUGUCCAAACCUAUAGGCGUGGCGAACGAGAAGAACGCCAAAUGUGUGCGUGAGAGGUACGAGAACUUUGAGGAUCCCACCGGCACCAUCGACAAGUUCCACUAUGGCACCCACUACUCCAACGCUGCUGGGGUGAUGCACUACCUGAUCAGAGUGGAGCCGUUCACAACACUGCACAUCCAACUCCAGAGUGGCCGAUUCGACUGUGCAGACCGGCAGUUCCACUCCAUUCCUGCCACCUGGCAAGCACUCAUGGACAACCCCAAUGAUGUCAAGGAGCUCAUCCCUGAAUUCUUCUACUUUCCAGAAUUCUUGGAGAAUCAGAACAACUUUGACCUUGGCCGCCUUCAGUUGACGAAAGACCGCGUCAACCAUGUGGUCCUUCCGAAUUGGGCAAAAUCCCCAGAGGAGUUCAUCUAUAAGCACCGGAAAGCCCUGGAGUCCGAGUUUGUGUCUGCGCACCUCCACGAGUGGAUCGACCUGAUCUUCGGCUACAAGCAGAGGGGUCCUGCUGCCAUCGAGGCCCUCAACGUCUUCUACUACUGCACCUAUGAAGGAGCCGUCGACUUGGACAGCAUCGUCAACGAGAAAGAGAGGAAGGCCUUGGAAGGCAUGAUCAGUAAUUUUGGGCAGACGCCAUGUCAGCUGCUCAAGGAGCCUCAUCCCGUCCGGCUGUCAUCAGAGGAGGUGGAGAAGCGACAGUCAAAGCUGGACAGCUACCCCCUGUCCAUCUUCCAGAACCUGUCGGAGCUCAAAUCCUUCUUUGUGGAGGGGAUCAGUGACAACUUCCCAAUAGUCAAGGCAGUGGUCCCCAAGAAUCAGGCGCACUCAUUCAUGUCUCAGGGCAGUCCGGACACACUGGUAACAGUGAGCCAGAACUGCCUGAUAGGAACUCAUGGAUGGCUGCCCUACGACAGGAGCAUCUCCAACUACUUCACGUUCACUAGGGACCCGACGGCGUCCAGCCCCAAAAGCCAACGCUUCAUCUAUGGCCCUUUUGCCCCGGGUCUGGAGGUUUCCUCCCAGCUGUUCGUGGUGUCACAUGACGGAAAGCUGCUUUUCAGCGGAGGCCACUGGGACAACAGCAUUCGGGUCACCUCUCUGACUCGGAUCCGGCUGAUUGGACAGCACAUAAGGCACAUGGAUGUUGUGACGUGUCUGGCGACGGACUACUGUGGGAUUCACCUCAUUUCAGGCUCACGUGACACGACCUGCAUGAUCUGGCAAAUCCUGGUUCAGGGUGGAGUAGCGGUGGGCCUGUCACCGAAGCCUUUACAGGUGCUGUAUGGGCACACAGACGAGGUGUCAAGCGUUCACAUCAGCACGGAACUGGACGUGGCCAUCUCUGGCUCUCGGGACGGCACUGUCAUCGUGCACUCCAUCCGGAGAGGCCAGUACAUGAGGACGCUGAGGCCGCCGUGUGAGAGUUCUCUACCGAUGGCCGUCCAUAACCUGGCCAUGUCCUGGGAUGGACACAUAGUGGUCCACACUUCCAUUGAAGGGAAGUCCAGCCUCAAGGAUAAGAAUGCCCUUCACUUGUACUCGGUCAACGGCAAACACCUGAGCUCGGCCAGUCUGAAGGAGCAGGUGUCCGACCUGUGCAUCGCCGGGGAGCACGUCCUUCUGGGCAGCAGGCAGGGCUUCCUCUCGUUUCGCGACCUCUACAGCCUGACUCUGAGCACGUCCCCCAUCGACAUGCGGGUGCCAGUCCACUGUGUCUCGGUGACAAAGGAGCACAGCCAUACGCUGGUGGGCCUGGAGGACGGCAAGCUGAUCAUCGUGGGCAUUGGACGGCCGGCAGAGAUGCGCCCAGGCCAGAUCACACGGAAGCUUUGGGGCUCCAGACGGCUGACCCAGAUCUCGUCGGGAGAAACCGAAUACAACACCCAGCAUCCAAAAUGAGGAGCCCGCCCGGCGGUUCAAGCCUUCUGUGGCCCCACCCCGAUGGACGCGCAGGCUUCCCCGUGAAUUUGCACUCGCCGGGUUUCGCUGUUGGGAUGGCACUGAGCUCGCGGACGUCUCUGCCGUCGUGUCUUCAAGGAAAGCGUGGCCACCUGCUCGGGGAAUGCUGGGCACCAUCAGUGCCCACCGUGUGAGUUGAUGAGCUGAGGUGUGGUUGGUGGCCAGUCGGAGGACCCCGAGAAGCCAGUCACUGGACUGAGGAGGGCGGGCCCACUGCGCCCGUCCACAUGUAAAUAGACUCCGGGGCAGAUGGGAAGUGGGCUGCUGGUGGGGGGUUGAGUGUUGGUGAUUUUUAUAUAAGAAUUUACAAAAUUAUGCAAAUGGGAAAUUGUGAAAGUUCACCUCCAAAUUACAGGUCUGUGCCCGUGGCCACCACGAAGGGUCACUACAGUUGCCUUCAUCAAGUGGGACAAGCCGGUGGGGGGCGUGGGGUUUUCCAUCUGCAGUGCUGGGCCCUUCUCAGAGUCAGGCUGGCAUUGGCAAAGUAACUGCGGGCACACUGACCACCGGAUCUCUGUAAGGCAGUGACUGGCCACUUUCUCAGGACAGGAGUGCCGUUUUACACCACCUAAAAGUGACCACUACUAUUCUAGCCAUUUCAGGACCCCACUGUCAUAUCCUUAAUGACAAGUGAGGGGGGUGACUGGGGUACACUGACCAGGAGUCACUGGCCCUGCUUACACUACCAUAAGGUGACCACUGCUGUCCCUCCCCUGCAUACACAGCCUAAAACUGACCCUUAAUGACACACCAGUGACGAUUGUGAAUGCCAGUGCACACCGUGACCUGAAGUCCACUACCAUAAAGUGACCACAGCUGUCCUGUCCAGCUGUAAACUGACUGCUGUGAUGAGUGUAACCAAUAAUGGACACAACGUCCUGAUGUCACUGUCACCGCACACACACUACCCUGUACUGACAGUCCCAUGAUGUCCA